UCUCAUUCCUCUCGUCGGAACCCCCUUCCUCGAUAUGCACUACAUCUUACAGCACACGUGGCAGUACAUUUUCAGGGAUCUUUGCAACAUCAGACAAAUUCUGCAGAGUCGAGGCUGGCAUAGAAUUGAUACGACCCCGAGGAAUCUUAUCAUCGUUCCAUGUCAUCCCUGGGGCCUUUUCAAAGUGGUACUGCAGAGCCUGCAACUGAACGACGGGCCUGGUGAAACUGGGACGUCAAUCACAUUUACGCCUUGACGAGCUGUCACGCUGGUUCAAGGCGUUUGCAGACAUGAAUUCAUGCUGAAGGGAUCAUCACGAGAUGACUAUCAUUAGUAGAGAUAGUAGGGUGUUUCAAGUUUCGGACAUUGAGGCUUUUGGAGUUUUGAUUACAAUUGAUGCCCUCAAUACUUAGCUUAUGUAGCUCAUGAU